UAUUACGAGGUAAUUCACCUGCCGCAAUAUGAAGACGAUAAUGAUAUUAUGUGCCUUUGUAAUUUUUGUGAUUGUACAAAUCCAAUGCCAAGAAGAUGGUUGUGGUCCACAUGAACGAAGAGUAGAAUGCAAGUCUUGUUGUAAAGUACCAACCUGCCAACAGAAAGUCCCUCCCAAAUGUAACCGCAUUUGCCUUCAAGUAUGCUUUCCAGGAUGUGAAUGUUUACCAGGAUAUAUCAGACUUCGUGAAAAUGGGCCGUGUGUGAAAACAUGUUAAAAAAGUUAUCUAGGUAGUAAAUAACAACAAAUGUAGUUGAACCAAAAUGA